AUGUUUAGUAAAGAAGUCCAAAAGAUCAAACUUUCGAAGAAUUUUCAUGACAUCUGCUUAUCGAUUGGUGAUUGCAAGAGUCGUGAAUCCGAAGAAUUAAUUGUAACGAAAUGGAUGCAAGAUGUAAGAAAAACAUUAUCAAAAUCAAAGCUGUCUAUAUCAGAGCUUUAUGAAAAUGUAAUUUCUUUAGUCCAACUUACCUUACUUGGCUAUAACACAAGUUUCGGCCAAAUUCAUGCAGUAAAUCUCACUCAAGAUUCACAAAUGAUGACAAAGGCACUUGGCUAUUUGGCAUGCUCUGCACUCUUUGAUUCCAAAUCCGAUCUUAUUGUUCUUAUUGUUAACUCUACUCAGAGAGAUCUUUCUUCAGGUCAUCCAACAUCUAUGGCUUUAGCCUUAACCGCAAUUGCUCAACUUGUUACUCCUGAGCUCAUUCAACCAGUUAUCGGAUUUAUUGCUCAGUGCUUGAACCACACAGUCCCAAUUAUUCGUCAAAAGGCGAUUAUGUGCGUUGUAUCCUUUAUCAGGAAGGAUCCUAUGUGCGUUAUUGAUUUCUUCCCAGAUCUCUGUCGUCUUUGCUCAGAUCCAGAUCUUUCAAUUGUCAACGCAAUCAUUAUCACAUUUAGAAGCCUUCUUAUCAACAAGCUCAACAUUCGUCAGAUCUGCGAUAUGUUACCAGACUUUACAAGAGUCGCCCAGUUAAUUUUGGCCGGAAAUUCCAAAGUCGAAUACGUUCAUCAACGAAUUGGAGCUCCAUUCGUUCUCAUCAACAUCUUCAGACUCAUUCAAACAAUCGCCGUUACAGAGCCAGGCAUCAACGAAGCCGUUGAAGCCAUUGUUACCUCCGCAUUACAAGCCGGCACUUGUGAGUCUCCAGCAACAGCCGCUGUCCUCUACGAAGCCGUAAAAACAGCAAUAGCUCUCGAUCUUACAGAGAUUCCUCAACUCCGCGGUGCAAUUUCCUUAUUUAUGGGAUCAAGAGAACAAAACUACAAAUACAUCGGUUUAUCAGUAUUAUCGAGCAUUCCUGACUUCGCCACUGAAUUCCAGUCUACAAUCAUCGAUUGCCUUGAGCAUCCUGACCCAUCAAUUCGUCUCAUUACAUUGAAUCUCCUCCACAACAUGGCCUCACAAGACAAUGCCCAAAUCAUUGUUGUCAACAUGUUGAAAUUCUUCCAGAGAACGAAGAACGAAGUCAUCAGACGUGAUUUAUCCGAAAAAAUCACCGAUAUCGCUUCCAAAUAUUCUCCAUCUCCAUUAUGGUUUGCGAAAACAAUGGAGCAACUGUUUUCUUUGGGCGGAGACUUAGUUAAUCCUGAUGUUGCAUUCCAAGUCAUGAGAAUCAUCGAUGAAGAAUGCGAUGAAGAAAUGAGGAGAUCCAUUGUCAAUCUUUAUUUGGAUGUCGCACAAUCCUCUCGCAAAUUAUCUGAUGUAUUUGUAACUGUCAUUUCUCAUGUCAUAGGAAAUUAUGCCGAAUUAUCUGAUGAAUACGAUUUAUCCUUCAUUAUUUUGUUAUUAUGUGAUUUGGCAGAUGGAUACGACAAACCAAGAGAAUGGGUUUUGAACGCUAUCCUUAAAUUACUUCCAAAGAUUGAAGAUGUUCCUCAAGAAGUAUUAGACGUAUUCGAGAACUACAAACAAAGUAGUUCAAUUAUUGUUCAAGAGAUCUGUUACGAAGCUUUCUCUUUGUUGAAUUUCAAGGAAUCAUUGAGUAUUGUUUUGGCAAUGGAUCAAGAGGAAGAUCCACAAUUAUCAUUCCUCGAUGACUUAGUCAAUGAAUCCAUUGCAAAAGGCGGUGCUCAAUAUAUUCCUUUGGACGACAGAGAUACAGAUAUCAUUGUCACAAACAAACCAACACUUAUUUACACUCCUUACGCUUCAUCAACUCCAGGAAAUAUUUAUUCCGCUGAUGGAGUCAAUGUUCAACAGAAUUCUCAGCAAGAUGAAUCACAAGUUGAUGAUUAUUCAGCAUUGAACACUGUUGGCGUUGCUGCUGUUUGGGGACAAGAUGGAUUAGUCACUGAACAAACACAAGAAGAAGCAACACCAAGUUACAAUGCUGAUGGAAUGUAUAAUACUCCUGAUGCACCAAAGAAAGUUUCGAUGUUCGCAAAACUUUCUGUUGCAGGAAAGAAAGCACAAAACAGCGACCAAGAGAAGAAAGAAAAACUCGCUGCUUCUAUCUUCAAAGGUGCUAAACCAGUUGCUAAGAAACCAAAGCAACCAGCUCCAGAACAACCUCAACAACAGCAACAACAAAUUACAAAUAAUGAGUUGACUGAUGAACAAAAGCAGAAUGUUGAAGAAGCAAUAAAUGAGUUACAACAACCACAACCACAAGAGAUUGCUGAAUUCUUUGCACAAGGUUUCUCUCCUGCUCCUGUUUUCGCUGAUGAUACAAUCAAAGUUAUCGCAAUUUGCGGACAAGGAAAGAUCUUAGUUGCUGUAAUGAAUGCAACUGAUUAUCCAAUUGGAGAAUGCAAGAUUUCAAUUGAUGGACCGGAUGUUUUGAACAAAGAUGUUGUUUCUCAUCCAGCAAAUAUCAAUUGCAUCCCUCAACAAAACGCUGUUACUUUGUUGACAUCGUUCUCUUUCCCCAAGCAGAUGAAGGGAUUCCCACAGUUCAAGUUCACAGCAAAUAUCGUUUACAAUGGAAAGACAGUUAAUGUCAAUUUGCCAGCGAAUUUGUUGACAUUCAUUGUCCCUCAGACAGCAACAACGAACGAGUUUGGAGCUGCUUGGAAGUCAGGAGGCAGUGAAUUAGUCCUUUCUCUCCAGAAGAAGGAUGGAAUGACAUUGGAUGAUAUCUCCGCCGCAUUGAACAAUUUGGCACACGUCAAGACUGUUCAAAGAAUUGGUCAAGAAGAGAUUUUCAUGGGUUUGUUAGUUUCAACACCAUUCAAGGUUCUCAUUCACGUGAAAUUCGGUGCUCAGAAAGUUGAUGUAAAGAUCCUUUCAAAGGCACAGCCGCUCACAGCUUCAGUUCUUAAUGACCUUAAGAACAUUUUUGCAUGA